AUGAAUUACCAAAGAUUAAUUGAUUUGAGUUUGACAAGCCCGCAGCAAGCCCUUGCCGAAACUCUGGAAAGGAAUGAUCUCGAGGCAUUCAAACAAGUUCUUCGCUAUGGAGCCAGUGUGAAUGUUCGAGAUGAAAAUGCUGUGUAUUCUAUUUUCGAAUCAGCCUGCUCAACAUUCGGAAAAGAGUAUUUUAUCAGGGCUUGUCUUGAAUAUGGCGCUCAUGCAACAGAGAUCAAUCCUGUAACCAAAGAAUACCCUAUUCACAUAGCAGCAUCGUCCAAAGACUGUAAGAACUUGGCGGCGCUGAUUGAGAGCCGUCGUAUAGUCAUCGAUCAAAAGUUUGAAGAUCGUACCGCGCUGUUUAUGCUGUUUGAAGUGCUAUCUGUGGAAAAUUAUAAAAAUGUGUUUGAGUGCAUUAAGCUGCUGUUGAAUGAGGGUGCAAACAUUAAUGCAACUAACGAGGCUGACGUGUCACCAGUACACAUACUUGCGGUAAAAAAGGAAAGCUGGCGUAAGGAUAUCCUCGAGUAUUGUCUGAACCAAUGUGGCGUUAACGUGGACUACCGCAAAGGAAAAGCGAGGGAAUUGAUCGAAAAGAAUUUCCCAGACGUCACCAUCCCUUACUACGACAUGGAAGACAUAACGGUCAAGGUGCUUAAAAGCAAAUUGUUGGCCGGUUCAGAAGAAGUUUUUCUAGCUAAUUUGCGCAAAUUUGAGAAACAAGGGAAAACGCUGCUAACCGAAGAUAUAAGAGAUUUGCUCUCGUCGGCGGUGGACCGUUCAAAGCUAGAAGCGGCCAAAACACUGGUUAAACCGAAGAUGAACAACGACAAGCUGCUCGAGGCGUCUUCAUUGCUUCCGGGACUGUUGGCCAAAUGCUGUAACCGUGGCAAUGUCGAAGUGCUGCAGUGGCUGCUGAGCAUUAUUCCUGAGCAUGAGCUUGGUUUCAUCAACAAGGAUGCUUUAUUGUCUCUGCUAGUGAAGCAGAUCGAUGUAUUCAAAGAUAAGAGUACGUGUCCUUACUUCAAAAUAAUGAAACUAUUGCUACAGGACGGGAGGAUCGACGUAGAUAAGCUGGAUAGUGCCACCAAUCGUACUGCUCUGCAUUAUGCGGUAAAGUACAAGAUAGACCAUGCACAGGAGCUACUGCUGGCCAUGGGUGCCAACUUGGGCGUUGAGGACAUGUUCUCCGACCUGCCAGUCUUUGACAUGGAGCCGUCUGUGCUGGAGAAACAUCUCGACUCGUGUGUAUCAUUCAACGAAGUAAAACCCGGAGAUGAUGGCUUCGAGAUGAGGAUAAAUUUGUCAAAUUUCCUCUCGUCAGCUCACAAAACCAACUAUUCUUGUGACUAUGCAAUGUUACCAAUACUUCGUAUGGCGCAACACUCCGACAUGAAGCAUCUUCUACGACAUCCGGUGAUAUCCAGUAUCCUAUUACUGAAUUGGUUCAAGCUGAGUGUGUUCUUCAAGACCAAUCUGCUGAUAUGUAUGGUGUUUUUCGUGUCGUUCAUUGCCUAUGGACUACAGACAACGAUAAUUCACAAGGUAUCGUUUAUACUGUCGGUAAUUUGUCUUGUUUAUCUGCUUGUGAGGGAAGGUUGCCAAAUGGUUUUAAACAAACUAGCAUACUUGCGAUCGUUCGAAAACUACAUGGAAAUCGCAAUAAUAAUAGGAGCUGGUUCGGUAUUGCUGUUCAACCUUAGCGAAGGAUAUCGGCAAACUAUUUCGGCUCUGGUUAUAAUAAUGAUUGCAUUUGAGAUAACAUGCCUGAUGGGGACGUAUCCACCACUAUCAACUUAUAUGGUGAUGCUGAAGACGGUUUCGAAGAAUUUCCUGAAAUGGCUGUUCGUAUUUUCGAUCGUUCUGAUCGCAUUCACCUUCGGCUUUCAUACAUUAUUCCCUAAAAGUGAUAGCGAGCUAGGUGAAUUCAAUAAAUUCCAGAAAAUACCGUUGGCAUUUCUGAAGGUAGGAGUCAUGCUGACAGGAGAGCUAGAUGCGUCAGAAUUUGAAUUCAGUGACAUAAACUGGAUUGUGUUUGCACUUUUUCUGUUUUUUGUUCCAAUGGUACUCUACAAUCUGAUCAAUGGUCUUGCUGUUAGUGAUAUAACGGAAAUCAAAGCCGAAUCAGAAAUAAUCAGUCUUACAGAGCGAGUGUACGUGAUUAACAAACACGAAACCACCUUAAAGACGAUCGAGCGAAUUGGUAAAAAUUUUCGACUGUUCUCGAAUACCGUCCCGCAUCGAUACAUUAUCAUCAAGCCAAACAUAUCGAAAAGGAUCUGGAUGCCGUUGCCGGUAAAGCGUGGAUCCUCAGAUUCUGAGACAGAAUCGAUGGAAUUAAAAACAAUCCGAUCAGGUGCAACCGCGGAAUCCGAAUCCGUACCGAUGCUACUACGGACGGGCGAACAAAUUAGUGCCAAGUGUGUGAAGUCUAAUCUGACUAUUGAUGGUAACAUAGUGAAAUACGCGUUAAACAUUUUAUUUCGCCCAAAAGGUCAUCGCGAAGAAUGA